GCAAGCGCAGGACGCAGGCGCGCAGUCAGAAAACACGAGACUCAAGCUGAGGGACGCUUUGCGGGUCUGAGGUACUGAGGUACGGGUCUGUGGAAGGAUGGAGCCGCUGAAGGUGGAAAAGUUCGCGACCGCCGACCGUGGAAAUGGGCUGCGUGCCGUGGUCCCGCUGCGCCCUGGGGAGCUGCUCUUCCGCUGCGAUCCCUUGGCGUACACUGUGUGCAAGGGGAGUCGCGGCGUGGUGUGCGAUCGCUGCCUCCUGGGGAAGGAAAAGCUGAUGCGGUGUUCUCAAUGCCGAAUUGCCAAAUACUGCAGUGCCAAGUGUCAGAAAAAAGCUUGGCCGGACCACAAGCAGGAAUGCAAAUGUCUUAAAAGCUGCAAGCCCAGAUAUCCCCCUGACUCUGUGAGACUUCUGGCCAGAGUCAUCGUGAAACUUAUGGAUGAAAAGCCCUCAGAGUCGGAGAAACUUUACUCAUUUUAUGAUCUGGAGUCCAAUAUUAACAAACUCACAGAAGAUAAGAAAGAGGGCCUGAGGCAGCUUGCCCUGACAUUUCAGCAUUUCACGAGAGAAGAGAUACAGGAUGCUUCCCAACUGCCGCCAUCUUUUGACCUUUUUGAAGCCUUUGCAAAGGUGAUCUGCAACUCGUUCACCAUCUGCAAUGCGGAGAUGCAGGAGGUUGGCGUUGGCCUGUACCCCAGCAUGUCUCUGCUGAAUCACAGCUGUGACCCCAACUGCUCAAUUGUGUUCAAUGGGCCUCACCUCUUACUACGUGCAGUGCGGGAAAUCGAGGCAGGAGAGGAGCUCACCAUCUGCUACCUGGACAUGCUGAUGACCAGCGAGGAACGCCGGAAGCAGCUGAGGGACCAGUACUGCUUUGAGUGCGACUGUAUCCGAUGCCAAACACACGACAAGGAUGCUGAUAUGCUGACGGGUGAUGAGCAAAUAUGGAAGGAGGUUCAAGAAUCACUGAAAAAAAUUGAAGAGCUGAAGGCGCACUGGAAGUGGGAGCAGGUUCUGGCCCUGUGCCAGGCGAUCAUAAGCAGCAACUCUGACCGGCUUCCCGACAUCAACAUCUACCAGCUGAAGGUGCUCGACUGUGCCAUGGAUGCCUGCAUCAACCUGGGGAUGCUAGAGGAGGCCCUGCUCUACGCCCUGCGCACCAUGGAGCCGUACCGGAUCUUUUUCCCUGGAAGCCAUCCCGUCCGAGGUGUGCAAGUGAUGAAAGUUGGCAAGCUGCAGCUACAUCAGGGCAUGUUUCCCCAAGCCAUGAAGAACCUGAGGCUGGCCUUCGACAUUAUGAAAGUGACCCACGGCCGAGAGCACAGCCUGAUUGAAGAUCUAAUUCUUCUCCUGGAAGAAUGUGAUGCCAACAUAAGAGCCUCCUAAGGACAGCCAGAGGGACAGGGGAGGUGGCGCACCCUGAUCGAACGCCUUAUUGUGGUCACACAACCUGUGAUGCUUGCUGUGUGACCCUCCUGUAGAAAAAUGCCAUUCUGUGUCUAUGUGGGUAAAUGUGUCUCUGUGGUGUGUUGUGAGAAGACCUGUUCGUGGUAGAGCAGAACCAUUACAAUAAAUACAAAUGAGUUGAAAUGUCAUCUGGCAACUUGGCUUUGCCUACUCAUGGGUGAUUUUGAUGGUUAAGAUCUCAGCAUUGGAAAUAGGAACUUACCAAAAAUAGGAUGAAAAGCUGGGCGGUAGUCAUGCACGCGUUUAGUCCCAGCACUCGAGAGGCAGAGGCAGAUGGAUCUCUGUGAGUUCAAGGCCAGUAUGGUCUACAGAGUGAAUUCUAGGACAGCCAGGGCCAUGUAGAAAGACCCUGUCUCAAAAACAAAAGAAAACAAAAAUAGGAUGGAAUAAGUUAAAACUUCCUCUUUGGGUGUAUAUAGAGAUAAUUGGAUUAAAGUAAUCAUUUCCACAUACAUUCCUAAACACAAGUGUAUGUCCAUGGUAUCAAGAAGCAAAGUCUUUAUUGUGUUCUUUUAUUUUUAUUGACAUGUGUUAGUUAUGCUAAAUCAUGUGGUUAGCUGUGAUAUCUCAGUAUUUGAAUACGCAUGUCGGGCAUGCACCUACGAGAGGACCAAUCUGGCUUCCCUUUUAUUUCUGCCUCUUCAGUUCCCCGUUUCUCACAACCACCCAUCCUAACCUUCACACAUGAAUAGAAAGUGUCACACUUGUUUCUGUCCCUGGCUUGUUUCACUCCAUAUAAUUUUCUCUAGUUCUAUCCAUUCUGCUACAGACAACAGGAUUUCAUUCAUCUUUACAGCUGAAUAAUAUAUUCCACUGUUUAUAUGUACUUUGUUUUCUUUGUGUAUGUUGGUGAUGACCUAAGGUAGUGACAGCCUCAGCUAUUCUGAAUAGCUUCCUAGUAGACAUGGACAGACAAGUAUGUUUGGGGUUUAUAGAUUUCAUUUCCUUUUGACAUAGACCUAGAAGUGGGAUGGCUAACUCCCAUGGUAGUCCUAUUCUCACUCCUUAGAUGAGCCUCCAUACUGUCAUUCUGAUUUUGGGUUCCCACCGACAGUGUAUAGGAGUUCCUUCUCUCCGUGUUCAUGGCAGCACUUGUUACCUGUGGGUUAUGUUUGCUUUGUUGGCUUUAAUAGCAUUUUAACUGCAUACAUGAUAUCUCAUUGUAAUUUCAACUUCCCUGAUGACUGAUGAUAUUGAUUGGGCCUCAUGUAUUUGUGACUGUCAAAGCAGUUGCUCAUUUUGUAAUCAGAUUCUUCUUUUUUUAAAUUCCUUACAUAUUAUAAAUUAACUACAUAUUAUGGACAUAAAUCCUACCUUGGGAGGACAGUUAGCAAACAAUUCUCUCAUUCUGUAGAUCGUCUUGUCCUCUGUUGUUUUUGUGUGCUGUACAAAACUUCAGUGUAAUUGUUCAUCUGUCUUUGGUUUUGUUUCCUUUCCUUUUAUAAUCAUAUAUAUUAAAAAAAAUUGCUUAGUCCAGCAUCUAUGAUAGCCGUUGCCCUUACUGAUGUGUCUCCCUGCAUGUUUCCAGUUGAGAUCUUGCAUUUGGUCUUUGAUCCAUCAAGAGCUGAGUAUUUUGUUCAGAAUGAAAGUUCAGUAUUCAUCUCUUGCAUGUGGUGUCUGCUUUCCCUGUUGAAGAGGCCAGCCACACAGCCUGCACGGUUUGGGAACUUUUGUGACGAAUAAGCUGGUUCUAGGUGUGCUAGCUGACAUCUAGGCUCUCUGUUCUGUCCCACUGGUCCAUGUGUCUCUUAUUACUCUAUGAUCCUAUUGCGUCUGCCAUCAUGGCUCUAUAGUAUAUCUUGAAAUGAGGCCCCCUGAUGCCUCUAGCCGCAUUCUUUUUGCUGAAGAUAGUUUUAUCUGUCCCGAGUCUUUGGUGAAGAAGCAGGAUUUUGAAAUAUUGUCUGUAUUGCUUUAUGAUAAAUAAUUACAUACAUUAUUUUAUUUCUGAGUUCCUCUCCAACACAGGAAUCUUUAUCUCAGAGCCUAGGACUAGUUCAUUUCAGACAUCACUAGAAAAGGAUGUAAGUCUCAAACAAAAAGAAAAAAGAUACUGAACUCAGCUCUUUAUGUAACUCUUGUGAGCAUUUUAUAAUUCUUUGUGUAUGCUAUUAUUUUCCUAAAUUUUUUUUCUGUAAUUGCUUGAAUCUGUGGUUCAGUGUGUUAAUGGGCAGAGCAGAAAGCUCUAUUGUCCUACAGUAAACAGUUCUCACCACUA